UUGACAACGUGUUCGGCUUCAGACACGCAUUUCACGCGCUGGUGCGAUUGCGCAGGCACAGUUCCUUUACGGCUUCAAGAUUUUGGGUGCCUGUCUGCCAGGGAGUGCACUUUACAGGGCGCUAUGCGGCCGCAGGAAGCUAUGGAAGCUGUUCCAAGAAGGACCACUGUGGUGCUACUUACGCUGCUCUAUGUCUCGUCGAGCAUCAAUCCCACUGCUGACGCCGCUCCUGCAAAGAAGGAAGUCAACAUCAUUGACUUGCUCUUCAAAUUCGGGAACUUGAGGGAGCUGCGCACGGUUAUGGGGAAUGCUGCCGUGGGCGUGGUGUCGCCAAAGGCGUGCUCGGUCUGCAGAGCGACCACUAGCUUGUUCAUCGACUAUCUCGAAAGCGGCCGCUCCAAGGAGGGACUCGCCAGGAUUGCCCGAGGUGCUUGCGCCUUCCUCAAGAUCGCCAGUGCAGCCGCAUGCACAAACGUCAUUGACAUGUAUAAGGAUGAAUUGUUUUACAUCGCCGAGAACCGUAAGGCUCCGACGGCCGAAACAUGCAGUGUACUUUUCGGAUCACUUUGUGGCCCGCUGACCAGUGAAGUGCACAAUUGGACCAUCCAGAUUAGGGCUCCGUCCAUGUCGCGGGCCCACGUAGACGAUCAGCACGAAAGGUGCCUACCGUUUUAUGCCAUCUAA